GCCCAGGUGGGUGGCUGAGCAAAGGAGGAAUGGACUGUGGGCCACCUGCCACCCUUCAGCCUCUCCUGGCUGGGCCACCAGCCACUGCCCGCCGUCCAGUAGCUGUGUGUCAGCAGGAGAGUCUGUCCUUUGUGGAGCUGCCAACCCUUCAGUCCUUGAGCCCUGUGUGUCUGGACCUUUUCCCUGUCACCUCGGAGGAGCUACGGGCUCCUGGCAGCCGUUGGUCCCUGGGGACCCCUGCCCCACUCCAAGGACUGCUAUGGCCACCAUCCUCAGAAGGCCCAGAUAUCAAGACCUCUACCAGUGGAGGGAUGCGGCCUAGUAGGGCUGGCAGCUGGCCCCACUGUCCUGGUGCUCAGCCCCCAGUUCUGGAGGGACCCUGGAGUCCUCAGCACUCACAGCCGCAGCGCCGGGCCAGCCAUGGCUCGGAAAAGAAGUCAGCCUGGCGCAAGGUGCGGGUGUACCAGCGUGAAGAGACCACCGGCUGUCCGGAGACCCGUGAUGUCUUCCUGGAGCCGGGCCGACCUGCACGGGAGCAGGUCUUGAGCACAGAGGAGCCCGAGCCGCUUGAGCUGUCUGGGACGACCCGAGUGGGCCUCGAGGGACCCGAGCGCAGGCGCUUCUCAGCCUCGGAGCUGAUGACUCGGCUGCACUCUUCCCUGCGCCUGGGGCGGAGUUCAGCAGCCCGGGCACUGACCUCAGGGUUAGGUACUGAAGCAGCGCGGGAAGGGAAAGCGUCUGGAAGGGAGUCUCGAAGUGUAGAGAUGAGGGUGGACAGUGCACCACUGCCGGCACAAGUUGACACAAGCGAGGGCCAUGGCAGCCGACUGGAGCCCAGGCUGGACGGACAGGAAGAGCCACCUCCCGGUCCCAACGAGCGGCGACAGUCACGGUUCCUCCUUAACUCGGUCCUCUACCAGGAAUACAGCGACGUGGCCAGCGCCCGCGAGCUGCGGCGGCAGCAGCGCGAGGAGGAGGGCCCUGGGGACGAGGCGGAGGGCGCGGAGGAAGGGCCCGGGCCGCCGCGCGCCAACCUCUCCCCGAGCAGUUCCUUCCGGGCGCAGCGCUCGGCGCGAGGCUCCACCUUCUCGCUGUGGCAGGACAUCCCCGACGUGCGCGGCAGCGGCGUCCUGGCCACGCUGAGCCUGCGCGACUGCAAACUGCAGGAGGCCAAGUUUGAGCUGAUUACCUCUGAGGCCUCAUAUAUCCACAGUCUGUCGGUGGCCGUGGGCCACUUCUUAGGCUCCGUGGAGCUGAGCGAGUGUCUGGGGACUCAGGACAAGCAGUGGCUAUUUUCCAAACUCCCCGAGGUCAAGAGUACCAGUGAGAGGUUCCUGCAGGACCUGGAGCAGCGUCUGGAGGCAGAUGUAUUGCGUUUCAGCGUGUGUGAUGUAGUAUUGCACCACUGCCCUGCCUUCCGCCGAGUCUACCUGCCUUAUGUCACCAAUCAGGCCUACCAGGAGCGCACCUACCAGCGCCUGCUCCUGGAGAACCCCAAGUUCCCUGGUAUCUUGGCUCGCCUGGAGGAGUCUCCGGUGUGCCAACGGCUUCCUCUCACCUCUUUCCUCAUCCUGCCCUUUCAGAGGAUCACAAGGCUCAAGAUGCUGGUGGAGAAUAUCUUGAAGCGGACAGCACAGGGCUCCCAAGAUGAGGACAUGGCCACCAAAGCCUUCAAUGUGCUCAAAGAGCUGGUGCAGGAGUGCAAUGCCAGUGUACAGUCCAUGAAGAGGACUGAGGAGCUCAUCCACCUGAGCAAGAAGAUCCACUUUGAGGGCAAGAUCUUCCCGCUGAUCUCACAGGCCCGCUGGCUGGUUCGGCAUGGUGAGCUGGUGGAGCUGGCACCACUGCCCGCAGCACCUCCUGCCAAGCUGAAACUGUCCAGCAAGGCAGUCUACCUGCACCUCUUCAAUGACUGCCUGCUGCUCUCCCGGCGGAAGGAGCUUGGGAAAUUUGCUGUUUUUGUUCAUGCCCGGAUGGCGGAGCUGCAGGUGCGGGACCUGAGCCUGAAACUGCAGGGCAUCCCUGGCCACGUGUUCCUGCUCCGGCUCUUGCAUGGGCAGCAUGCCAAGCACCAGCUCCUGCUGAGGGCCCGCACUGAAAGUGAGAAGCAGCGGUGGAUCUCAGCCUUGUGCCCUUCCAGUGCCCAGGAGGACAAAGAGGUCAUCAGCGAGGGGGAAGACCGCCCCCAGGUUCAGUGUGUCAGGACCUACAAGGCUCUGCAGCCAGAUGAAUUGACCUUGGAGAAGACUGACAUCCUGGCAGUGAAGACUCGGACCAGUGACGGCUGGCUGGAGGGAGUGCGCCUGGCGGAUGGUGAGAAGGGAUGGGUGCCCCAGGCCUACGUGGAGGAGAUUGGCAGCCUCAGCGCCCGGCUCCGUAACCUUCGUGAGAACAAGCGGCUCACGAGUGCCAGCAGCAAGCAUGGGGAGCCCCUCGCAUGAUGGCAGCCACAACCCAGGAUGGCCUCUCUGUGCCUGGCUCCCACUCGGUUCCCAGGUUCCUACAGUGGCUCCGUGCCCCAGGCCUCGGUUGCUGGCCCUUCCUUCCGUCUGUGGUCCUGGCCUGGACUCAGCAGUGGGGGCCUCCAAGGGGUCUCCCUGUCCUCAUGCUCCCUGGUGUCCACACCUCAGGGCCGAGGGCAAGAGCUGCACCCUCCCUGUUCCACUUGCCGGAGCAAGGGCCUGUGGGAGACACUCUGGGGCUGAUGGGUCUGGAACCUGCAUGACUGUAGAGCCUUCUCCAUCACCUUCCCAGCCAGAACCGAGUGGCUGCUGGUGCUGGUGCUGGUGCUGGUGCUGUGACUUCUCUGUAAAUAAACUCCUGUGCCUUUGCUGGGAGUCU